UAGUAAUUAGUGGUUGCAGUCAUAAGAACCAUUUGGUAGCUAACCAAGGAAUUUAUAUCUCAAGAAUAUAUGCAUUAGACGGAGGCCUGAGACUUGGACAAGUUUUUUUAAUUAAGUGUUUAUAAUUGUUUCUAACAAUUUUUUACGACCGCCGAAUAAGUCAAAUUUCGUCAAUUUCAAUUGGCUCGUUACGGUGUGACAGAUAACGAGGAGUGGACGUGAUUCAUGCUUCCUGCUGUUGUCAGCCCUGAUUCAUGGAAUCAUGGUUGAUCGACUUGUAAACAGCGAGGCCAAUGCCAGGCGAAUUACAAUGGUGGAGAACUGUUUCGGCAGUUCUGGUCAGCCACUUGCUGUUUCUGGAAGGGUUCUAGUAGGAGAAGGUGUCUUGACAAAAAUGUGCAGAAAGAAACCAAAACCAAGGCAGUUUUUUCUAUUUAAUGACAUAUUGGUUUAUGGGAAUAUAGUGAUCAAUAAGAAAAAAUAUAACAAACAACACAUAAUUCCGUUAGAAGAAGUGAAGCUUGAAUCUUUGGCAGAUGAUGGACAGUAUCGCAAUGGAUGGCUCAUUAAGACAGUAACAAAGUCAUUUGCUGUUUACGCUGCUACUCCUACAGAAAAGCAGGAAUGGAUGGCUCAUAUUACAAAGUGCAUUGAAGAUCUGCUCAGAAAAAGUGGCAAGAAACCGGUUGAAGUUCAUGCAGCUGUUUGGGUACCGGAUAAUGAGGCGACUAUUUGCAUGCAUUGUAACAAGACACAAUUCACGGUCUUGAAUAGACGGCAUCAUUGUAGACAAUGCGGAGCUGUUGUAUGCGGACCAUGCAGUAACAAAAAAUUGGUAUUGCCUGGUCAAGGAGGUGGAAAAGCUGUUAGGGUGUGCCUGCAAUGUUACGAUGCAGCUAGCAAAGUAAAAGCGACACCAUUAACUGCUACCGAUAGUUUAAAUAACAAAGAACAACAACGUAACUCUGCUGAUAGUUCAGGCGGUGACAGUUCUGGUGAUGAAGAAGAAGGUAAUAAAGAAGAAAAACACGAUGAGCCUAAAUUUUAUUCCACUCUUGUUCAAUGAGCAAUGACAAUGCACAGUUCAUGUUACAAUAAGAAGCAAGAUAUAAAUAUUGUUCAGAUGAAUAUUUUUUUAAAUUCGCAUGAGAACGAUUUUCAAAAUAUAUGAAUUGUAGUUGAAGUUUGGAAUUUCAAAUCAUCACGUACAUAAAUUAUUAGGAUGCUCACGUAAAAAGUUUUUUUUGAGAAUAAUGUUGCAAGAUAGAUUGCAGACAUAUGAUCAAUGGCAUAAUUGAAAAUUCGACAAGAAGAAAAGUUUCGUUCGAUAUUGAAUAUUCCGUAUUUAUAUAGCGAAUGCAGGUUUUUAAUAUUUACAUAGACCUAAGCAGUGAGUGAUGGAAGAAGACUAUUAUCUAUUAUAACGUUUUACAGUUAACGUUUUACACAUUUACAAUAAUUCAACCAUUGAUCAGCAGGUUCAUAAAAAAUAUUAACUUUCAUUUGCAUGUGUAGCCAUCUCAUAUCUUCUAUACUUAUUUGUCCCAAAUUAUAACUUCGUAUGUGCACCAAUUAUAUGAUGCUCCCUCUUUAAAUUUAAGAAAAUAUGCCACAGCGUGCCUUUACAAAUCAAUUUUUCACUCUAAUUGGCUCUUUCUCACCAAUUCUAUAUAAACAAAACGUAUACUGGAUUCUAUUCCGAUACGAAUAAUAACGGAAACAAAAUAUUUUAUUUGCUCAAUGCAAAUAUAUAAAUGAAGACGAUGACUCGAUAUGCUUGCUGUUUAAUUUGAUAAUUUCUACAGUAGUCAAGAUAAUACAAUAUCACGUGUUAAAACCGUACAAUAUGAGAUAUUGCUGCAAUCAAUACUUAAAUUCUGAAUAUCAAAUAUUUGUAACUUUAUUCCACUAAUUCGAAGUUAAAAUUCUUGAUACCCUGGUCUUUAAUAAAGGAUAGUCUUAACAAUUAAAAUACUUGAAAUAAACAUAGAGGUGUUUUCUAAUUAAAGACACGCUUUUUUAUGUAAAUGAAACACCAAGGGGUAGCGUAACACUGUUCCAUAAUCUUAUAGCAGUGACUAUAGACUGCAUUUGUUUGUUAAAUUAGAGUAUAUAUUUUGUAUACGUAAAAUUAAUUGGGAAUGCUUUUGGUCCCCAAUUAAUAAACCCACAAGCUAAUUAAUAUUAAAUGCGUGUAUAUAAUACUGUAAACGAUAUAUGGAAACAAUAUAGGUCAUUUACAUUCAAGCAUUUGGAUUACUUUCUAAGUCUUCAAAAUUUAAGAAACACCUUCAGAUUUUUUUUAAUUCCACUUUAAAACUUUUAUUUAUAAUUCUCUUCGUAUUAUUGUCAAACGUACUUCUCCAACUUAGAACUUUUGAGUUGAAAAUAACGGUUAAUGGAAUAAAUAAAAAAACAUUAAUUUGUGAAUUUCAA